AUGCCCUUUGGCUGCAGCAAACUCGGGCAUCGGUUCUUGUCUGCCGUAAUCCGCCGUUCAUUCCCUCCGCCGCCGCCGCCGCCGCCGCUUGCCGUCUUCAGCCGCCAGUCCUUCGUUUUCCGGCUUCAUACCAUGGCGAGCUUAGCGAAUGCUAAGUAUUCAAAAGAGGAAGCGGACGCUUAUCUCAGCACAGUUAUCCCCAAACGAAUAUCGCUUUUCGAAUCCAUUCAGAAUCAGCAGAAAGUCGAACGCCUUUCUCUCGCUCCUGAAACCAUCAAAAUAUCGUUACCGGAUGGGUCAGUGAAGGAGGGGAAGAAGUGGAAUACGUCGCCGUUUGAUGUUGCGAAAGAGAUUUCGAAGAGUUUGGCUUCUAAUGCAUUGAUUGCUAAAGUGGAUGGUGUGCUCUGGGAUAUGCAUCGGCCCUUAGAGGGAGACUGUGAGCUCAAGCUCUUUACUUUUAAUGAUGAUGAGGGAAGAGAUACAUUCUGGCACUCUAGUGCUCACAUUCUUGGACAGUCACUGGAGCAGACAUAUGGUUGCAAACUGUGCAUCGGUCCUUGCACGACAAGAGGCGAGGGCUUUUACUAUGAUGCUUUUUAUGGCGAUCUGGGCCUGAAUGAGGAACACUUUAAAAAGAUUGAAGAUGGGGCCAAAAAAGCUGUUUCGGAGAAGCAACCUUUUGAGCGCAUUGAGGUUACAAGGGAUCAAGCUCUGGAAAUGUUCUCUGAUAAUCCAUUCAAGGUGGAAAUCAUUAAUGAUUUGCCAGAAGAUAAGACUAUAACUGUGUAUAGAUGUGGACCCUUGGUUGAUUUGUGUCGUGGGCCCCAUAUACCCAAUACAUCCUUUGUGAAAGCUUUUUGUUGCUUAAAGGCUUCUUCGGCCUAUUGGAAAGGAAAGCAAGAUCGUGAAAGCUUACAGAGGGUUUAUGGAAUAUCUUUUCUGGACCAAAAACGCUUGAAGCAAUAUAAGGAGGAUUUGGAAGAGGCAAAGAAAAAUGAUCACAGAGAAUUGACUAAGAAGCAGGAACUUUUCUUUUUUCAUCCGCUUAGUCCUGGAAGUUGUUUCUUCCUUCCACAUGGUGCUCGAGUUUGCAAUAAACUUUUAGAAUUUAUACGUAAGGAAUAUUGGAAGAGGGGCUAUGAAGAGGUUUGGAGUCCAAAUAUGUACAACAUGAAGUUAUGGGAAACUUCUGGGCAUGCUGCAAAUUACAAGGAGAAUAUGUUUUUGUUUGAGAUUGAAAAACAAGAAUUUGGACUCAAACCGAUGAAUUGCCCUGGGCAUUGUUUAAUAUUUGAUCAUAGAGUUCGUUCCUAUAGGGAACUUCCUCUUCGUCUGGCUGAUUUUGGUGUCCUGCAUCGUAAUGAGGCCAGCGGUGCUCUUACUGGAUUAACGCGUGUUCGAAGAUUUCAGCAGGAUGAUGCACAUAUCUUCUGCAGGGAGUCUCAAAUAAAAGAUGAAGUCAAGAGUGUGUUGGAUUUCAUAAGUCAUGCGUAUAAAAUUUUUGGGUUCACUUUUGACUUGAAGCUAUCUACGAGGCCCGAAAAAUAUCUUGGGGAGUUGGAAACAUGGGAUAGGGCAGAAGCUGCUCUCACAGAAGCAUUAAAUGAGUUUGGCAAACCCUGGCAGAUAAAUGAAGGCGAUGGAGCUUUUUAUGGACCAAAAAUUGACAUUAGCGUGAAUGAUGCGAUGAGGAGAAAAUUUCAGUGUGCUACCUUGCAGCUGGACUUUCAACUCCCUUCUAGAUUUAACUUGUCAUACACGGCUGAAGACGAAAACAAGAUGGAGAGACCGGUGAUGAUUCACAGGGCUAUCCUAGGGUCAGUUGAGCGUAUGUUUGCAAUCUUAUUAGAACACUACAAAGGCAAAUGGCCUUUCUGGCUCAGUCCUCGCCAAGCAAUUGUGUGCCCUGUCUCUGAAAAAUCUCUUGAAUAUGCUUUGAAGCUGCGGGAUCAGCUUCAUGAUGCUGGUUACUAUGUUGACGUUGAUAGUACAGACAGGACCAUCAAUAAAAAGGUUAGAGAAGCACAAGUGGCACAAUACAACUACAUCUUGGUUGUCGGCGAGAAGGAAGCUGAAAAUAACCAGGUCACUAAACGUGUGAGAGACAGUGAGAAACUUUCUGUUGUGAGCGUUCAAGAUCUACUCGAAGAGUUCAGAGCGAAAGUUGCAGCUUAUGAAUAG